GUAUGUGCGUGGAGAGCUUCCUGUGUGUAGCUGGGGAACACACGUGGGCAAAAAUAGUGGGAGAGAUCUUUACUGCUUGCAAAACCUGUGCCUGGAAAUUCAUGUAAGCAAGAUGCUGGCGGAGCUGGAUCUGGUUGGGACCAUCCUGGACGAUGAUGAAAUCCCAGAGGAGCCCGAAUCUGAGGAGGAGGAAGAGGAUCAGAAAAUUGUCCUAAACAAAAAGAAAAAGGCCCAUGCUGGGCGGAGUGAGGACUUCAAUGCAGACUUCAUGUUUGGGGAGCGGGAUGGACAGAGUGAUGACAGUUGGGUGAUGGCCGAUGUCAUGAAGCAGCUGAAAAAGAGAACAGCUACCAGUUUGGAUGCGAAGAUAGAAGCCGUGAGGAAAAAAAGGAAAGUCCAGGACAAGACAGAGAUAGAUACAAAAGUAUCAGAUAAUGUGGAGGAAAAAAAUUUGUCUGGUGGUGAUGAUGAUGAUGAUGAGGAGGAAGAAGAUGAGAUGAGCAAGGAAGAAUUUUCUUCCGAAGAAGAGAGUGUGCUAACAAAAGCUGAUACUCUGAGAAUUAAGGAGAAGAAAAAGAAAAAAAAUGACCAGAAGGAUUCAGGUUUUUUUGAGGAUGCUUCUCAGUUUGAUGAGAAUUUGACAUUUCAGGAUAUAAAUUUAUCUCGUCCACUUCUUAAGGCAAUCUCUGCAAUGAGCUUCUCACAACCAACCCCCAUUCAAAAAGCAUGUAUCCCUGUCGGGCUCUUGGGAAAGGACAUUUGUGCUUGUGCUGCCACAGGGACAGGUAAAACGGCAGCAUUUAUGCUUCCGGUGCUGGAACGUUUGAUAUACAAACCACAGAAGACUCCUAUGACACGUGUGUUGUGUUUGGUACCAACCCGUGAGCUGGGUAUCCAAGUGCACUCGGUUACUAAGCAGCUGGCCCAGUUUACAGAUGUCACAAUCUGCCUGACUGUAGGUGGUCUGGAUGUAAAAUCACAAGAGGCUGCGUUGCGCACUGCUCCUGAUAUUUUGAUUGCCACCCCUGGAAGACUUAUCGACCAUCUGCAUAACUGCCCCUCGUUUAGCCUAGAUUCCAUUGAGGUGCUGAUUCUUGAUGAGGCUGACAGGAUGCUGGAUGAAUAUUUUGAGGAACAAAUGAAAGAGAUUAUCAAACUUUGUUCUCGUCAGCGACAGACUCUUCUCUUCUCAGCUACCAUGUCAGAAACGGUUCAGGAUCUAGCUGCUGUUUCUCUUCGCAAUCCAGUGCGUAUCUUUGUAAACAGUAACACUGAUGUUGCGCCUUUCCUGCGGCAAGAGUUUGUCCGAAUCCGACCAAACCGUGAGGGCGAUCGAGAAGCCAUUGCAUGUGCUCUCCUGGCCCGCACAUUCCAGGAUCAUGUGAUGCUCUUCACUCAGACCAAGAAGCAGGCGCAUCGCAUGCACAUUUUGCUAGGGCUGAUGGGGCUGCGUGUGGGAGAACUACAUGGGAAUCUCUCUCAGACACAGAGAUUAGAGGCCCUCAGGCGUUUUAAAGAAGAGCAAAUCGAUAUUUUAGUGGCAACAGAUGUAGCAGCAAGAGGGCUUGACAUACACGGUGUGAAGACGGUGAUAAACCUGACCAUGCCUGCCACCAUGAAGCAUUAUGUGCACAGAGUAGGCCGAACGGCUCGAGCCGGCAGAGCUGGUCGCUCUGUUUCUCUGGUUGGGGAGGAGGAAAGGAAGAUUCUUAAGGAAAUUGUGAAAAAAGCACAGACAGCAGUAAAAGCACGAAUAAUCCCUCAAGAUGUGAUUUCCAAGUUUCGAGAGAGAAUUCAAAAGUCGGAAAAAGAGGUCUAUGCUGUACUCCAACUGGAGCGAGAAGAGAGAGAAAUGCAGCAAUCAGAGGCACAGAUCGGUGUGGCCAAAAAAAAGUUGGAGACAGGGGGAAAGUCAGAAUCUGCACAACAAGAAAGAAGCUGGUUCCAAUCAAGAGAAGAAAGGAAGAAGGAGAAGCUCACACACGCCCUGCAGGAGUUUGAUUUUGCUCUUAGAGGUAAAAAGAAGCGCAAGAAGUUUAUGGUAGACACAAAAAAGAAAGGAGAAAUGACGCCUGAGGAGCGUUCCCAGUUUGAGAUACUGAAAGCUCAGAUGUAUGCAGAGCGUGUGGCUAAGAGAAAUAGCAAACCCAAGAGAGCCAGGGCUAUGCCUGAAGAGGAACCCUCAGACAAGAAGAUAAAACCCAAGAAGCAAAAGAAAAACUCUGUAUUUGAUGAAGAGCUGACAAACACAAGCCGCAAAGCAUUGAAACAAUACAGAGCAGGCCCUUCUUUUGAAGACAGGAAACGUCUGGGAAUUCAGCAACGCAGGAAAGGAAGCAGUUUCAAAUCAAAAUCAAGGUAUCGCAGGAAAUAAGUUGUGACUGGGUGUUCAUCAAGAAUCUAAAGGUUUCUUCAUGUUGAAUGCUGUGUACUUUCCAGUGCUGUAGUAAUGUGUGUCCAUGGGUGAUACCAUCUAUAAAUUGAGAUAUGUCACAUGAACUGGGAACUGUUAAUAUUUAUACAUUCUCUGAUUUAUCACAUUUUUAAUCAGACAGUGUAUCCUCUUCGGAAACAGACCGAUUUUCAUGCUUAUCACGGAUGGCAUGUGCUCAUACCUUCAAUUUAUUUUACAUCUGGGAUUUUACACAGAAGAAAUUUGUAUCCUUCUGUAUAGAAAAUGUAAUAUUUUACUAAUUAAAAUAUUUUAUUUGAUAA